AUGGAUGGACAGACCGACGAGGUACAACAGCUGAUCAGAAAAGCUCACUUUCAAGUAUUCUUUGUGCAACAGUCGUCCUUUAGCUUAUCUAAUGAGCAGUUGCAGCAGGUGUCAGAAGCUGUUGCAAACAUCCUAAGCAAGCAGAGUGAGACAAACCCCCCAAUGCCCAUAGAGCCACUGGAAACCCCCAUGGCCACAAGGGAACAGAGUCAAGGUACAGAACCCGUCUUGAUAAAUGACAAUUAUCUUGCAUUAACGACAAGCUACGACAAUGAUUUAGGCCAUAAAGUAUCAAAUAAAUUAAAACUUAAAAUUGUUAAUGGCGAGUAUAUCAAUUUGGGCUUGUUGGUUGAAAAUUCAUAUGGGGCCGAUCCAAACGAUGAGACCAGAUAUUUUUCUAUGAAAGAGGAAAGCCUCACCCUGGCCCCCAAAUCUAAAGCAAAGGUAAUCAAUGACAUACAAGUAUGGACAGAUGCCUUUCUCAUUUACGCAUCGAUAUAUACCUCAGCCCAUCCCGAGAGCAGAGCUCAGUUAUUCAAAUAUAUUCAUACUAUUAGGUUAGGGGCAAAUAGAGUUAAGACUCUCGGGUGGCGUGAUUACGACAUCCAGUUCAGACUGAAGAAGGAGGCAUACCCAUCUCUCUCAUUUGCUGUUGUUGAUCAGGAGCUAUGGCUCUUGUAUAUGUACAGUCCCCCUAGCACCCAGACUUCCUCACAACAGGUCCCCCUUCUAAAGUGUUAUGAAUUCAAUUACAAGGGCAUAUGUAGUAAACUUGUAUGUCAAUACAAGCACGAAUGUAUGAUAUGUUCACAAAACCAUCCCUACAUUAAACAUAAGACAUCCUCAGGCUCUAGUUUGAAUUUUAGGUCAACUGGUCUGCAAGCAACAUGGCGGCCUCAGCUACCCAGGAGACCCGCGGCACCAAGUUCAGCUAUUAGAGCACCUUAUACCCAAUCAGCUAGACCUCAGUAAUAUUGCAGCAAGCCCGAUUAACGUACCGAGAUUAGGCGAUUUAUUAGCAAAUUACCCACUUGGCUUGGUAGCCUUAGAACUUUUGCAGGGUUUUACAUAUGGUUUUAGGUUGUGUUAUGAAGGGCCUCG